AUGAAAGCGCACGACUCAUUGUGGCCUCUGAGCGAGCAAGGCCCAUCGAGUUGUCGUCAACCAGGAGAGCGUGUUCGCCGGCAGCUACCCCAAAGCAUGACUUUAGGCAGAGCCACGGGUAUGAAGCGCAAACCCAAUGACUCUGGAACGCAAAAGAUAGCACCAGGUGCAGCACAAGAUUCCAAUGAACUGGACACGUUGGAAGCGGCCUCGCCGUUCACCAGGGCGGGACAGCCCCUGAAACCGACUGUCACUGCGGAGACCGUCGCCUCCGGUGCCACCUGCUCGCAACAGGCAAGUCCUGACCCUGAAUAUUACGGAGAAUCGUCACGAGACCGAUGGUCGCAAGCGCUGGAUGAUGCCGUGCGAUGGACCAGCAGCGAUGCAGCUUGGGGCUCAGAGGCGACGCCUGCGCUUCCAGGAGCCAGCUGCGUAUCGGAUCAAUCCGCGCAGACAAAGGAACCGCUACUGCCGUCCGAACGACAUCCGUUGUCCUCGCGAGACGUUUCACCGUCGUCGCUUCUGGAGACCACGGGUAGCGUGUCCGGUGCCGCGCCUCAGCACGAUAUGGAGCCAGUCACCGUGUACGCUCUCGCAGGUCAGCGACUCGAUGCAGGUAUGGCGGCAGGCACGUCUCUGAGCCACAGCACGGACAGCUCAGCGGGAACAAGCAGCCAAUCGUCCGGUAAUGCGGCAACAGUGGUGACUGGCGUGAAGCUCCAACUCACUUCAAAUCAAGCAUCCUGGCGAGAAUCUGCCGCGGAAUCGGCAGAGCUCAUCGUAUAUCCGAGUCAAAAUGACGAUACUCGGCAGCAUGCCUCUAGUCGCGGACGCACACUCCAAGAAGAGUCAAUGGAGAACAGGGAUUCCUGGCCAAUUCUCCAGCUGCUCUCGGAGGCUGGCUUUGGCGCUCGUCUGGAUUCGAAUACGGAAAACCCGGCAGGGCUGCGCGCUUUUCGGCAGUCACCAUUCAACUUCUACGAUAGCCCGCUUCGGCAGCACGUUUUUGUCGAGUGGAACACUGGUCAUACUGGAUUUACUCCUGAACCUUGCAACGCUUGGCAGCCAAUGGUUUCAGAUGCAGAAGCGUUUCGAGAUUCAUCACCAGCGUCUCGAGUGUUCUCCCCGGGUCUCACGGUCUGGGCCACAGACGGAUCUCCAGCCAGUGGUGCAGAGCUCUCCGGACGUGACGUUUUCGAGGCCCCAGCAGAAUCACCGCAACCUCUCACGCGUGCCUACUCUUCGACUGACGCCGAGCCUUCUGUGAAGUCUGCUGAGGCGCUUCGGGGCCCUGAUGUCAAGAAUGGCGGCGCUGGCGAAUCCAUCGGCGAAAGAGAGCUUCGGAUUGCUGCGGAAAGAGCGCAGAUACCGGUUUCACUCCGCGAGCGCACUUCGGAGAAGGCUCUGCAAGCAGCCGCAGAUGCCACGUCCGAUAUGGAAGCGCUCGUAGCGGACUUGCGGCAGCGAUUGCAGGAACUGCAUCCGAGUGACCAUUGGACAAUAUGGAGUUGUAUGCAGGCGCUUGCCGCUGGAGAGUGCAGCGCUUCGACUUGCGCGCCGUGCUCAGCUGCUUCCUCGAAGCGACGAGACGACGCGGACACAAGCACGACAGUCCGCAAUGCAGCUGAAACGCUAGCCAUUCAGUUGCUUUCACGUCGCGAUACCGUAGGGCAUCGAGACGCGAGCACGCCUCCGGUGUUUGAUCCGCAGGGCUCGACGCUUUUUUAA